AAUAGGUGUCCAAUUAUAGCCUUUGCUUUACUAUGACUCACAGUACACUAUUACACCCACACAAAACCACUCCUCCCACCUAGUAUGUAUUCUAUUCCCCCGUACAUCACCAGGUAGAGAGAAAAAAAGGCUCUCAUCGUCCAAGGGUCUCAAACCUAUUGGCUGCACAGUUCUUAAGACAAGUCAAACAGUACGUGGCAGAUAGGAUGUGUACAGGUAAAUGCUCCCGGUGUAUCGGGGUGACGCUAUACCCACUGGCAGUCAUCUCAAUCAUCUGUAACAUCAUACUGUUCUUCCCGGGUUGGGAGACCAGUUACGCCAAAGACGGAUACAUCACAGAAGAGGUGAAGUACAUGGGAGGACUGGUUGGAGGGGGACUAAUGGUGUUGGUCCCAGCAUUGUACAUCCAUGUUACUGGACAGCAGGGAUGCUGUGCCAACCGCUGCGGGAUGUUCCUCUCCAUUGCCUUUGCUGCGGUCGGGGUUGCUGGCGCCCUCUACAGUUUCAUAGUGGCAAUGCUUGGCCUGAUUAAUGGGCCCUACUGUAGAGUGCUGUUGCUCUGGACAACUCCCUUCAAAGACAGAGAGGACAGUUACCUGAACAACCGUGAUCUGUGGGGAUUGUGCACAGCGCCUAAAAACGUGGUGGAGUUUAACAUUGGGCUGUUUGCCAUCCUGCUGGUGACAAGCUCUCUGCAGCUGGUGCUCUGUUGCACCCAGAUGAUCAACGGGCUCUUUGGAUGCCUCUGUGGAACCUGCACCAACAAAGGGGUUAUUUAAUGGAAGGAAGACUCUUACUCUACUCUCCAUCCAUGGUGGAUUGACUGGCGCCUCUAAGUGGACCAAGAGAGACAUUGGCUUCAAUAUGUUUGCAAUGUGAUGUACAACAUUCUCCCUUAUUUUAAUGUUUGCAAUGUGAUGCACAACAUUCUCCCUUAUUUUAAUGUUUGCAAUGUGAUAUCCCUUCUAAAUUAGCAUUUUAGCCAUUUAGCAGACACUCUUCUUCAGAGUGACUACAGUUAGUGAAUUCAACUAAGGCAGGUAAGACAACCGCAUAUCAGCCGUACACCAAAUUACCAUUUGUCAGUAUAGUUAGAUGCAAAUGUAUAAAGUGUUUAAAUGUGUUUUUAACAAAAAUAACGCCUUGUCCGAUACAUGGAUUGGUGUCAUUUCAGAAUUUUCCCAGUAAACUCUUCAGUGACAUGCAAUUGCUAUUCAGUGGUGCAGCAUAUAAUAUACCAUAUAAAUUCUCUGUGUUCAUUAUAUACAUGCAUUGUACACAUUUUCUGAAAUAAAAUGAAAUCUUUUUUAUUCUUACAUUCUA